AUGCCUCCUCUCGCAACAACGCAAACGAUCCAAAAUCAUCCUUAUAAUAAAACUACUUCAAAUGCGACAGCAAAAUUCUCGGAUGACCUAACCAUUGACAUCCUGGUGCCAACACUCAAAGAACUCUUGGAGAUAAAAACGGGAAACAGUUCUCUGCAGAAAUAUUUGGUUGACGGUCAAAUCGAUGAAAGCGAAUUUGGGUUGUUUCGACUUGCAUUUGAGAACGAAGUUUAUAAGAAAAGAAUUCCUGCAAGAUUAUGGGGGAAAUUCGCAGCGAUCGGAAAGGAAGUUUGGGGAAAUGCAAACAGGUUAUAUCGGGACGCUUUUGCUAAACUCGCCGAGUUAAAUUCUCAUGAUGAAUAG